AUAUGUUAAAGAAAUAAGAACCAAGAAUCAAUCUCUGGAGUUUGUUUUGGGCGAGAAGCUCCUUUCCUGUUGUCGUGGAGCCGUGAGGAUUAGCCAUGGCUCCUAAGAGAAACAAUAUUGUCCCAAAUUGCCAUUUCCAUAAAGAUUGGCAGCGUUAUGUGCGUACAUGGUUCAACCAACCUGCCCGUAAGCAACGCCGCCGCAACAAGAGGCAGGCUAAGUCACGUUGUGUCGCACCACGUCCUCUCGGCAGGCUAAGGCCUGUUGUUCGUUGCCCAACCUUCAAGUACAACACAAAGCAGCGAUUGGGAAAGGGUUUUACUUUGGAAGAACUGAGGGCUGCUGGACUUGCCAAGAAGUAUGCCCAUACUAUUGGCAUAUCUGUAGACUACCGCCGUACCAACAAAUCCAUGGAGUCCCUACAACUGAAUGUUCAGCGCCUUAAGGAAUACAAGAGCAAACUCAUUCUAUUCCCCUUGAAGGCCAGCAAACCUAAGAAGACUGACUCAUCGCCUCAAGAGUUGGCAUUGGCACAACAAUUGGUGGGUGAGGUUAUGCCUUACAUCCAAAGAGCAAAGAGAGAGAAGGCCAAGAGAAUUACCAAGAAGGAGAGGAACUAUGGCUGCUUUAAUGCACUCCGAAGGGAGCGUUCUAUUGCUCGUAACUGGGGUCUGCGUGCCAAGAAGGCGAAGGAGGCAGCAGAAGAUGCUGCAGUCACUGGCAAGAAGUAAAAUAUUUACAGUAAAAGAGUGAAAAAAAA